UCGCCAUAUUUUCAAUCCUGUGGAGCCCGCAGCCCGGUUUGCUACAAAGUUAAGAGAGAGAGGAAGCUUUCACACAAGACAGAAUUAAGUGUGAAACGACCCACCUCAAAGGAGAAAAGACACUUUUGUUUUUGCCUCCCAGCUCAGUGUCUGUUAAUUCGUCCUGCAACAAUGAACAUCUUCAGACUGAUAGGGGACCUCUCUCAUCUGGCUGCUAUCAUCAUCCUGCUGCUCAAAAUAUGGAAAAGCAGGUCAUGUGCAGGUAUCUCUGGAAAGAGCCAAAUCUUGUUUGCCAUUGUGUUUACCACACGCUACUUGGAUCUGCUUACGUCCUUCAUCUCCCUCUAUAACACAUGCAUGAAGGUGAUCUACAUCGGUUGUGCGUAUGCCACAGUCUACCUGAUCUACGUUAAGUUCAGGGCCACCUAUGACGGUAACCACGACAGUUUCAGAGUGGAGUUCCUGGUUGUUCCUGUCGGGGGUCUUUCUGUUCUCAUCAACCAUGACUUCUCUGUGGUGGAGAUCCUGUGGACGUUCUCCAUUUACCUGGAGUCAGUGGCAAUCCUGCCUCAGCUCUUCAUGAUUAGCAAGACUGGCGAAGCGGAGACGAUCACCACCCAUUACCUGUUCUGCCUCGGCCUUUAUCGAGCCCUCUAUCUCUUCAACUGGAUCUGGCGUUUCUACUUUGAAGGCUUCUUUGACAUGAUCGCCAUUGUGGCCGGUUUGGUUCAGACUGUUCUCUACUGUGACUUCUUCUAUCUUUAUGUCACCAAAGUGUUGAAAGGCAAGAAGCUGAGCCUGCCUGCGUAAAUCAUUCACAAGGAGACGGCAACUCCCAGCAGACUCAGGGGUGUGAGGAGAUGACAUCAUGUAAUCUCGUGACCCACAGCAAAAGAUGCCUGAGACAGAGAGCCAACUAUCGGGGAAAAACACUAGUCUUCUUGAUGAUUGCUGAUGGAACUGGUAAAUACCAACAAACACCAGAGCUGAACAAAAAUCACAUCAAGUCAACCUUUGGAUUUCGGUGUUGAGCAUCUUGCCUUAAACUUCUUUUCAUUGCUGUUCAAAUAGGAGAAAAGGCUUUUUUUUUCUACAUGUGAGGUGUACACGCUUAUUUUUUAUUUUAUUUUUUAUAAUGACACAAAUACGGUCGACUCUAAGAAGUUCCCUGUUUGACUUGGUAAUGAAAUGCACAAAUGUACAGUCUUAUUAAGGAGUGAGAUAAAGAGGUAAUGUGAGUGCCUGAUGAGGAUUAUGUCCAUUUUCUCACAGUAGUUUUUGUUUUAUUUUUUUUUACUUUUGGAUUUCUUUUUUUUUGUCUGCAUAUAUUACAAUACAUUUAGCUUCUAAUGAAAAUAUUUAAAGAUGCCAACAGCAACAACUUUGCGCCAACACACACACAUUUUGUAAAAA